CGGCACGUGGCAGAGGGGAGAGAGGAUGCUGGGUCUCUGGUCCAGUGUUAGAACCUCCCUCUUGGGAAGCCGGCGUUGGAUGCAGGGCCCCACGGGGCGCUGAUCCCUCUUCCGUGUCUCUGUGAUUUAUGGCUACUGGGGAUCUGGCCAUUGCAGACUCCUCUCUCACUUUCACAUUCACAAAUAGACACACACUGCACCACUGGACAAAGCCACACACACUGCACACCCGUGCCCAGUGCUGCCCCAUAGAGUGACUCCUACACACACUGAACAAAAUAAUCUCUCUCAGCCUCCACACUCACUGAGGGACGGAGCCACACACACUGAGGGACUGAGCCACACUCACUGAGGGACGGAGCCACACUCACUGAGGGACUGAGCCACACACACUGAGGGACAGAGCCACACACACUGAGGGACAGAGCCACACUCACUGAGGGACAGAGCCACACACACUGAGGGACAGAGCCACACACACUGAGGGACUGAGCCACACACACUGAGGGACUGAGCCACACUCACUGAGGGACUGAGCCACACACACUGCUUUUCUCUGCCCCAUAUAACCUCCCAUUGCACCACUGUGUCCUAUACACACCCCUCUGUGUAUCCUCCACUCCCCCUGAGUGUGUAGAUUAGCAUCCCAGUAUGAGUCAUGGAUCGUCAGCCUAAGAGGCGCCUGCUUUACUAGCAGAGGUGGAUCAAUGGAACUGCACUGAGUGAUGAGAUGAUAUUCCUGAAUUCACAUGGCUUGAGAAAAAUCACCUGACAGCAGCUGUGCAAAGACUGACCCCCCUAACUUCACUGUUUUUAAUCACUGGACUGACUCUCACAGAACUGACUCUCACAGAACUGACUCUUCCUGGACUGUCUCUCACUGGACUGACUCUCACAGAACUGACUCUCACAGAACUGACUCUUUCUGGACUGACUCUCACAGAACUGACUCUUUCUGGACUGACUCUCACAGAACUGACUCUUCCUGGACUGACUCUCACAGAACUGACUCUCCCUGGACUGUCUCUCCCUGGACUGUCUCACACAGAACUGACUCUCACAGAACUGACUCUUCCUGGACUGACUCUCACAGGACUGACUCUCCCUGGACUGACUCUCACAGAACUGACUCUCCCUGGACUGACUCUCCCUGGACUGACUCUCCCUGGACUGACUCUCCCUGGACUGACUCUCACAGAACUGACUCUCCCUGGACUCUCUCUCCCUGGACUGACUCUUCCUGGACUGACACUCACUGGACUGACUCUCAAAGGACUGACUAUGACUCACUGGCAUCCCCCAGGGAUAACCGUUAUCCCCCUUUGACAUUUACGACAUGGCCAUGUCCCUUUUUCUGAACCCGUUCUUUUUCUAAACUCGGAAGCCGUGGACUGGAGGUGAGAGCCAGUGGGCGGUCAGCUCCUCACCAUGGUGUUGCCGCCCCCUGACAAACGCCACGUGUGCCUGACCACCAUCGUCAUCAUGACCAGUAUGGCCUUCAUGGAUGCCUACCUGGUGGAGCAGAACCAGGGGCCCAGGAAGAUUGGUGUGUGCAUCAUUGUGCUGGUCGGGGACAUCUGCUUCCUCAUCGUGCUGCGCUACGUGGCCGUGUGGGUGGGCGCCGAGGUGCGCACGGCCCGCCGCGGCUACGCAAUGAUUCUCUGGUUCCUCUACAUCUUUGUACUGGAGAUCAAGCUCUACUUCAUCUUCCAGAACUGCAAGGCCGAUAGGAAGUCCCUGGAGACGGUGGCCCGGAAAGCCUUGACUCUGCUACUGUCUGUGUGUGUCCCGGGGCUUUACUUGGUUCUAGUGGCUCUGGACAGCAUGGAGUAUGUGAGGACCUUCAGGAAGAAGGAGGACAUGCGGGGGAGGAUCUUCUGGGUGGCUCUAGAUCUUCUGGAUCUUCUGGACAUCCAGGCCAACCUGUGGGAGCCUCAGCGGACCGGCCUGCCCAUCUGGGCCGAGGGGCUGAUGUUCUUCUACUGCUACGUCCUCCUCCUCACCCUGCCCUGCGUCUCCCUCAGCGAGAUCUCCACGCAAGGAGAACACGUGUCUCUCCAGAAGAUGAUGCUCUACCCUGUCCUCAGCCUGAUUACCAUCAACGUGGUCACUAUCCUGAUCCGCGGGGUCAACAUGGUGCUCUUCCAGGACAGUAGAGUCUCCACCAUCUUCGUCGGCAAGAACGUGGUGGCGAUCGCCACGAAGGCAUCCACCUUCCUGGAGUACCGGCGUCAAGUGAAGGAGUUCCCUCAACCACAGAACACCAUGGCGUUGGAGCUGCAGCAGAACUCUGUGGGCCACGGACAUACACCCCACACGUCGCACUCGCAGCCUCUAGCCAACUCCACAAAUCUUCCCCACGAACCCUCGCCAGCGCGACACAUGGAAACAUGACCGCCAGCACUAGACUGUCUGGACACCAGCGGAGCAUUGCCACCGCUGCCGUCAGUGACUAACUACAGUGACUAACUACAGUGACUAACCAUAGUGACUCGUUCUGUCUAUCCAGUCUCUGAGAGUUUGGUAUUAAGAGAAAUGUGGGUUUCAUGACAGGAUGGUAUUCUCCUGCCUAUCAAGCCCACUUGAACAACAGAGGAUAUAACAACUAGAGGGAUAUUUUCAGCCUCUGUCUGCCUGUCUGUCUAUUGGAGAAGGAUACAAAUUCACCUUCUUGAUUCUGACAAGAGCAAACUGAUGUGGUUUUAUUUGUUCUUAAAUGAACUAUUUUAUUCUGCAGCUGAGUAAUGUAUGUUGCGUAACAGUACAUUUUACAAUGUGUUCCUCUCUGAAUAUCUGUGAUUUUCUAAAACCCCUUUCGACUGUCCAUUGCGUGGCUUUUUUCUUUGUAGUCCUUAAAAAGGAGGUAUACCACUCGCCCUACAGAAGCACUAAGUUGAAGUGGAGAAAGAGAGGAUGGAGAGGAAGGGAAGGAGAAAGGGUCAAUAAGAAGGGUGGCAGUAGAAGAUUGAAAUUCAGCCUCUAAUUCUGCUGAGAAAGGAGCUAACUGAAGUCUGCUGCCUCGGCCUGUGUGAAGCUUUACGACCAACUGGUCUGCUGCCUCGGUCAGUGUGACGUUUUACGACCAAAUGGUCUGCUGCCUCGGUCAGUGUGACGUUUUACGACCAAAUGGUCUGCUGUCUCGGUCAGUGUGACGUUUUACGACCAAAUGGUCUGCUGCCUCGGUCAGUGUGACGUUUUACGACCAAAUGGUAUGCUGCCUCGGUCAGUGUGACGUUUUACGACCAAAUGGUCUGCUGCCUCGGUCAGUGUGACGUUUUACGACCAAAUGGUCUGCUGCCUCGGGUCAGUGUGAUGCUUUACGACCAAAUGGUCUGCUGCCUCGGUCAGUGUGAUGCUUUACGACCAAAUGGUCUGCUGCCUCGGGUCAGUGUGACGCUUUAUGACCAAAUGUAUGCUAAAAGCACCAGAGCUCAGCACUAUACACUCUAUUUGAGGCAGCCAACCGUGUGUGUGAUUCUGCGUGUGUGUGUGUGUGUGUGUGUGUGUGUGUGUGUGUGUGUGUGUGUGUGUGUGUGUGUGUGUGUGUGUACACACGUGUGAGGGGGCAGAGGGGUGCUCGUGUGAAACUGUAUUU